GGGGGUGCUUUUGCGCUGGCGUUAAACCCUGCGCAGGCGCAUCGACAAGCGUAAAAUCAAUACUACUGUUCCCCCCCAGUUGCCGACGAGUGUAGUCGGCGGAAUGGCUUGGCGAUGUUCUUUAGAUUGUAUCGCCUGCCUUUCAUUGCAUUCUGUCUAAAGCAGGCCUUAGUUUAAAUUUUCGGUGUGUAAAAGAAAAACAUGAAAAUGGAUUCGGAUCCUGAUUUAAGUUUUUCCGUUUGGGGAUCUUUUGGUAAAGCACGAAAUCAAAUGUCACAAUUUUGUGACCUUUGCAGCGAAUUCAGUCGAUUCAUUGCUCCAGCCUAUCAUCACGACCGAUGCGAAAGGUCCGUUCAAAUGCGAUUGUAUUCGAUGCACAAACGAGAAUUUGGAUUGGUUUUCUUGGCCUUUUUUGCCUGUUUUGGCAUGUGCGUUUUCAUCGGUCUAGCAGGUCCUCCCAUCACGUCCACCACCAACCAGAGCAUUUCUCAGGUCAAUGGUCAUCCCAACGGGAGCGAUAUGGCUACCGGACCGUACUAUCUCGCCACCCCUUUGCUAACAUCUUACCAUCAACAGUUCUGGGUGAUUGCUCAGAUCGUGACUGAAAAUAAAGAUGACGAAAGUUUCGAAAAAAAAUUUCACGUGAGCAUUGCAAUGGACGGAAUCAUUGAAGACGAUCAAGUCAUCAAGAUGGUCUCUAACGAUCACACGCACAACCGGACGAGGGAUUUGCAAUGUGAACGGCAAAACUGCAGUGAAAUUCUAAUUUUGCACAUGGGUUACUUUGACUACUCCCAUUACGCCUUGACAAUACGUUUUUACGGAUUGGAGAGCAUCCAUAACAGAUACGUCAUCAGAGAUGUCAUCUUUUUCUUUCGAAGCUACAACCCGGCAUUCACGCGUCUUGAAAUUUGGUUCCGAUUCGUUUUCUUGCUGAGCACAUUCAUAGUUACGUGCUGGUAUUUUCUCUGCAUGAAAAAAUAUUCGGUCGUCAAUUGGUCCCUGGAACAGAGAUGGAUGUCAGUUUUGAUGCCGCUGCUUAUUCUUUACAAUGAUCCCUUAUUCUCAUUGAGCUUCUUGAUCGAUUCGUGGUUUCCAGGAGCUCUUGACGCCGUAUUCCAAAUUACCUUCAUAAGUGCACUGCUCCUUUUUUGGCUAUGUGUUUAUCACGGACUUCGACAAAAUGAUCGGCGUUUAAUCUUUUACCUACCGAAAAUACUUCUUGUCGGUUCCAUCUGGCUUUCAAUGAUUAUAGUAGCUGUAUGGCAAGAAAUCGAAGAAGUCAACGACCCUACUUUCAGCUACAAACUAGAUACGGAACAUUUUUACGGAUUUAAGGUAUUCCUCAUUGUAGCCUCAGCCAUAUAUCUGGCCUAUUUGGUUUUGUUAAUGAUCAAGGCAUACAGUGAACUCAGAUCGAUGCCUUUCUUUGAUAUGCGAUUGAAAUUUUUGACUCUACUUGUGCUAUUCGUGCUUAGCAUCAGUAUCUCGGUGACGUUUCUCCGCUACGGCAUUGGUGUUCUUCAAGAUAAUUUCAUAGCUCAGCUCAGCACCAACUACCGCAAUUCAAGCGAAUUCCUGGCUCUGUACGGACUACUCAACUUUUACAUCUACACAAUGGCCUACGUUUAUUCGCCGACAAGCAACGCAGUUUUAGAACAUAGUGUCAUGAAAGACAAUCCGGCCUUCUCUAUGGUCAACGAUAGCGACGAAGAUGUUGUUUAUGGAUCGGAUGACGACGGUCGGAAACCACUUACUAUCAACCUUACUUCCAAAGAUGAUGACAGUGAUUAGAAUUUAACAUUUAAAGCAUUUGAAGUUUUGAUUUGACUUUUUUGAAUUUGAAUCAAGCUUGCAAAUUACUUUGUCACAGGCUGUGAAUUCAUCAUUGUGAAUUUUCAAGGUAUGUUAUUAUAUUUUCAUACGCAAUCUUGUUUUUCUUACCCGUUCAUUAAGAAUCGUAACGUACUGUCUCUUGGUCUUGGUUCACAGUACAGUAUCAUGUCAAAUAUAAUGUACUAUCUAUCAGA